GUCGCGUCGCGCCACCGCGGCCAGCAGCGUGCCCGCGUCGCCAGGAGGCCCGGGCGCAUUAUCGACGCGCUGUUCGGGAAGGGCACCCUCGACAGGAUGCUCGGCGGCUUCACGCAGCCGAGCAGCGCUCUGCCCGCCGGGAAGCCCGCGUCCCCGCCGCCGGCGCCCCCGCCGGGCGACGAGGACGGGGACAAGCUGGAGAAGUCGCUGCGGCGGCAGGAGUGGCCAUCGAGAACAUGAUGGGCGAGCUUCAGGCGCUCAUGAUGUCGAAGGUCGACGAGGAGCGGCGGAUCAACGCGGAGCUGCGGCAGGACAUGGACGACCUGCGCGCGCAGAUCGGCGUGGUGCAGGACUCCUACGCGAACGCCUGCGAUCAGCUCGAGAUGACGAGCAUGGAGCUGGACAGCCGUACGGCCAGGGUGACCUCCGACCUCUCGCAGGAGCGGGACACAGCCGACCAGCGGAGCGUGGACGCCGCGAAGCGCCAGAAGGAGCUCGAGAGCGAGGUGGAGAAGAUGGAGGCCGAGCGCAAGAGGAUCUAUGACCAGCGCGACGUCAUCGUCGGCGAGAUCAAGAACCUCGGAAACACUGUCGUGAAGCGCAGCGCGGAGAGAGACGAAAUGAAGGAGGCGAAAGCACAGGCCGAGGCGCAGAAG